AUGAAGGAUGUAACCGUGGUGACACUCGUUCUUUCAUCCCUCGUUUCCCUGGCUCUGGCUCAAGAGUCUAUCUGGAGCAGCUCGCUGUGGAAAAGAAGACAGACAGAAGGGAACCAAAAACAGACCUACAACAGCGUGCUCGAUCCUCAGACCACAGGCGUGACAGAGUGGACGUCGUGGUUCAACAUUGACCAUCCCGGUGGAAACGGGGACUAUGAGCGACUGGAGGCGAUCCGAUUCUACUACCGAGAGCGGGUUUGCACGAGACCAGUGGCCAUGGAGGCUCGCACCACAGACUGGGUGCCAGCAGCGGACACGGGGGAGGUGGUGCAUUCGAGCCUGGAGAAAGGCUUCUGGUGCAUCAAUAAAGAGCAGCCAUAUGGACGCAGCUGUUCCAACUACUAUGUGCGCUUCCAGUGUCCUCCAGUUAACGCUUACUGGACGGACUGGUCUGCCUGGGGACCUUGCUCGACCACGGCCUGUAACGACGUCGGCAUCCAGGUACGCCAUCGUAAGUGUAUGAGCACUCAGGGCCUGUCCCUGCUGCUCAAACCCGCCUGCGACGGGCACCACACGGAGAGGAUGGAGUGCUCCACCCCGCCGUGCCAAGCGAAAUGGAAUCCGUGGGGAGCCUGGAGUUCCUGCUCUGUGACCUGCGGCAAAGGUCGGCGGGUCAGGAGGAGGAGCUGUGUCCGAUCAUCGGUGACAGUGCAGUGCACGGGACGACCUGUGGAGGUGCAGAAGUGUGGGAGUCCCUGUCCAGUGUUGUGUCAGCUUCAGUGUCCUGAGGGUCGUCCGAGUAAAGACUGCAGUCGCUGCGUAUGUGACGGCCAUGUUCUGGAGGGUGAAGUUCUCAGUGUGACCGGAGUACCUGUGGCUGGAGCCCUAGUGUCCUUGGCGGGUCAGCCCAAGGUCAUCAGAGCUCGCACAAAUGCCAAAGGUCUGUUCAAGAUACCUGGGCACUGUGCCAACCCUCAGACCAGGCUGAUUAUCAGGAGAGAGAAGUUCACCCCUGUCAGCAUCCCAGUAUACAGCAACAGCACUGGAACAUCCUGGGUACGGGCCGUCCUAAAGUCAUCUGAGAAGCCUUAUAUUGUGAGGCAUCCUGAGGACAAGGUACGGUAUGAAGGACAGCGAGUCAACCUCUGCUGCAAAGCCACAGGCUCACCCAGUCCUGACAAAUAUUACUGGUAUCAUAAUGGUACGCUGUUGGACCGGAAGGUGUAUAAGUAUGAUGAAGACUUGGUGCUACGUGACCUGAGACCAGAACAGUCGGGACAAUACUACUGCAAGGCCAGCAGCCUCACGGGAAGCAUCAAAUCAUCUCCAGCUCUCCUUACUGUAUUCGCCAAAGGAACUCCACCAUGCACCUCCACACCUGAAAGUCACCUAAUCAAACUGCCAAUGGACUGUGUGCAGCCUGGAACAUAUUCUAAGUUCUACAACGCUGGCAGCUGUCCCCGCAAUAAAUGUGCAGGCUCCCUGGACUUUGAUCUUCGCUGCAGGGAUGGGGCUAGUUUCUGCUGUGGGGUCAAGAGAAUGGAAGCCAAGGAGAUCAACUGUGGCGGCUACACUCUGCCUAUAAAGGUUGUGGCCGAAUGUGGCUGCCAGAAAUGCGUGGAGCCAAGAGUUUUGGUACGGGGCAGGGUGGUUGCAGCAGACAACUAUGAGCCCCUCCGUUUUGGCCACAUAUUUAUGGGCAAAGAGCGGAUUGGAACAACAGGAUACCAAGGUGGGUUCACAAUCCAGGUAUCUCCUGAUACUGAAAGGCUUGUGGUGAAUUUCGUGGACCCUACACAAAAAUUCAUUGACACUGUCAAGGUGUUCAUCUUUGACAAGAGGGGAGGGUCCAUCUACCAUGAUGUGAAGGUGAUGAGAAAGCAGGAGCCUAUUGAUAUCGAGGCUAGGGAGAGCAAUACCAUUUUACUGGGUGAAAUGAAAGGGGAGGAUCCUAUCGGUCAGCUGGUCAUACCGCCGAACUCUUUCCACAAAAACAGUGGGGAGGUGUAUGAAGGCACAGUUAAAGCCAGUGUCACAUUCCUUGACCCAAGGAACAUCACCACAGCCACUGCAGCACCUGGGGAUCUCAACUUUGUUGAUGAUGAGGGAGACAUGCUUCCUCUGAGGACUUACGGAAUGUUUUCAGUGGAUUUCCGAGAUGAAGCAAACCAGGAGGUUCUCGGUGCUGGUCCAGUUCAAGUCAUGCUCGACACAGAGCACGUGAAAAUGCAAGAACACAUCCCAGCCAUGAAGCUGUGGUCCCUGAAUCCAGAUACAGGCAUUUGGGAAGAGGAGACUGACUUUCAUCCCUCUCAGGUCACCACAGGAGGUAACGGAAGGAGCAAGAGAGAAGAGCGGACAUUCCUAAUAGGAAAUAUGGAGAUUAGGGAACGUAGAUUGUUUAACCUGGAUGUACCAGAAAAUCGCCGCUGCUAUGUCAAAGUGCGAGCAUACAUGAGCGACAAGUUCUUGCCCACUGAACAGCUGGAGGGAGUGGUGAUUAGCCUAAUAAACUUGGAGCCCAAGCCUGGGUAUUCAUCCAAUCCUCGGGCCUGGGGUCGUUUUGACAGUGUGAUAACAGGACCAAAUGGAGCUUGUCUUCCUGCCUUCUGUGAUGCCCAAAGACCCGAUGCGUACACAGCCUAUGUUACAGCAAUAAUGGGUGGCGAGGAGCUGGAAGCUGCCCCAUCAACGCCAAAAAUGAAUCCGAAUAUCAUUGGGGUAUCACAACCAUAUUUAGACAAGAUAGACUACCAGCGCUCAGAUCAUGAGGAUCCUGCAUUGAAGAAAACUGCUUUUAGAAUAAACUUACCCAAACCUAACCCCAACAAUGUGGAAGAAACCAAUGGACCAAUAUAUCCCUACCAGAGUCUGAUAGCAUGCGAAAACGCCCCAGUUGAUGCUAAUCAUUUCCGAUUCUUUCGCGUGGAGAAGGAUAAAUAUGAGUACAAUGUCGUACCAUUUCAGGAGAGUGAUUUAACGACGUGGACCGGUGACUACCUCUCUUGGUGGCCGAACCCUCAGGAGUUCAGGGCUUGCUAUAUCAAGGUAAAAAUCCAUGGGGCAACUGAGAUCAUGGUAAGGUCAAGGAAUUUUGGUGGAACGCAUCCACAGACACGGGGUCAGUUAUAUGGGAUCAGGGAUAUUCGAAGCACUCGAGAUUUGAAUUAUCCCAAUACUUCAGCUGCCUGCCUUGAGUUCAAGUGCGGCGGAAUGCUUUUUGAUCAGGCAGAAGUUGACAGGUCACUUAUAACCAUCCUUCCGCAAGCCAACUGUCGGCGUACCAGUAUCAACAACCUCCUGCAGGAGUACCUCAUAAAGCACCCUCCCGUUCAGCAGAAUAAUGACUCCCAUGCCUUCAGUAUGUUGGCACCGGUCGACCCACUCGGACACAACUACGGUAUUUACACUGUCACAGACCAGAACCCUCGGGUUGCCAAGGAGAUUGCCAUAGGCCGUUGCUUUGAUGGAACUUCGGAUGGCUUCUCGAGAGAGAUGAAGUCAGAGUCCGGAGUUGCCCUGACUUUCAGCUGCCCAAGAAGAAAUGUGAACAGGGAAAGCCUAUUUCAACGACUGCAGACGAACCCUGGGCAAACUCUAACACAAAUGGCCAGGGAUAUGAGGGAGUCAGGGGGGAGGCAGGUCAGGAGAGGAAGUUCCCAGGUGGUGGCCUACCCUGCAGCCCAGCGGAGCCGGAAUCAAACCCGUAGAGUUAGCUCAACCAGAAGGCGGAUUGGCAGCCGAACACAACUAGGGCAGUAG